AUGCUACAGAUGUUCCUGCCCAUGAAGUGGAUGGCUCCGGAGAGCAUCUUUGACAAUCUGUACAGUACGCUGAGUGAUAUCUGGUCUUACUGGAUCCUGCUGUGGGAGAUCUUCUAUCUUGGGGGCACACCCUACCCGGGCAUGAUCAUCGACUGUACCUUCUACAGCAAGAUCAAGGGCCGCUAUAGAAUGGCCAAGCCGGACCAUGCCACCGACGAGGUGUAUGAGAUCAUGGUCAAGUGCUGGAACAACGAACCCGAGGAGAGACCAUUCUUGAAACAUCUGAGCGAGAUCUUGGGCAGCCUGCUGCCCAGCCACUACAAGAAGGUUCGCCCACUGUGGGCUGGCGCUGCAGCGGCGGAGGGGCUGGGCUGCGGAGUUCCAGAGGGAUCCAGGACCCAGAUGUCCGAGGAGAUCGCCAUCGAGAUGAGCUCCAGCAGCUCGACCUUAGUCAAGGGAGAGGAUGAGACCCUCGAGGACAUCAAUCUGGUGGACGAUGACAUUAACAUUGAUCCAUCAGACCCAGCGAAGGACAGGUUCCUGUAA